AUUUUGAAAUCUAGUUGCAAUUUGCAAAGUUGCAUUUGGAGGCUGGACAGCUGCAAGUUUGCGCUCCAUGGGUUCCUUUGUCCCAGAAUUUGAGCGCCUAAAAUGAUGUACGAGCUUUAGUAAAAUUUCCGGCAUGUUUCGAAGUUUGUUCUGAAUUAUUCUCAGCUGUUGGCGAUUGUCUCGGGUGAGUGAAUUCUCAAGCAAAAUGAUUCCGGUGAAGAUAAAAGCUCUAAAUCAAGAUUCAUCCGAUGAAAGUAACGAAGAAGAAGAUGAGAAUCCGAUUAUUACCAAAGAAGCCCUGGAGCAAAAACUUCAACUCGGGUAUCGCGAAGCUCUAAUCCUGCAGAAGCAAAAUAAACUCGAAGAUGCUGGUAAUAUUCUACUGCAGUUGAUCGAAAGCGAAGUGUUACAAGAAGCUGAUGGUAAAGUCAAGUACGUCAAUGGCAGAUUACAACCGUCCAUAUUCCAUCUAAAAUACUGCUGUUAUCUCAACUUGGGCAAUAUCUCUCUUAAGCAGGAACGUUACUCAUUAGCUUUAAAAUAUUAUUCGGUGGCUACCGAAUUGGACGAUACCGAUUUAAAUCUAUGGUUUAAAAUUGGUAAAGUGGCGUUAAAAAUACCUAAUCUAAUGUCGGCUGUGUCUGCAUUUAUGGAAACUUUAUAUCGUAAUCCCAAACAUUGGCCUAGUAUAAACUCCAUUAUCACUGCUACGUACGCAUUAGGCGAUAUGGCAGCUUGCUUGCUUUAUAUUCAUCAAGGAUUAAGUCUAGAUAGUAAAUAUAUGAAAGGAUUAAUUUUUAAGAAACGUAUAUUCUCGCUACAUCCUCAUCUGAAGGAAGAUUUUUAUUCGUUAUUUCCUAAUUUUAAAAAUCAAUCAACGAAUGUUGAAUGGGACGAGAUAACAGAACAGAAAUUUUUUCAAGAAAUAGAAGAUUUGAAAAGUAGAGAUCCGAUUUUUAAAAAGAAACUGUGUACGGUUAAAGAUUCUGAGAAACAUUCGAAUAGUUUACUGAAACCUUUGAAGACGUAUUCGUGGCUUUGUCUUGGUAAAUCGCUGCUUAAGCUGUAUGAUCAUCUGUACAAUAACUCCGAUGAAAUGGCUUUCUUCAGUGAAAUAACGUUAAAAACGACGAAUAACAACAAAGAGUUGAAAAGAGACUCCUUGGUACCCAUUCCCGAAGAACCCGAAGGAACCCUGCCGGACAAAGAUAAAAUAAAUCAAGUCGAUGGUAAAGAGAAAAGCUCAACUGAGAACAGCGAUGCAGAAAAUAAACCCGAAGAAAUCGUCUCGAAGACUACCUCUGAAGAUAGCGAUCGAGAUCAGCCCAACGUAGAAAACGGCAGCGGUAACGAUGCCGAUGAUGAAAACAAAGACGAUCAAGAUGACGAUGACGUCAUUAAAGAAGUAGUUGUCGCAUCUGCUAAAAUGGGUGAAAGUGAUAACGACGUUUCAGAAACGACUUUACGACCGAAAAGAAGAAAAUGCUCGCCUACUUUAGCCGAUCAGUUGAAAUACUGCGAUAAAAGACGUUCGACGAGGAAUAAAACAGUGCUGAAAAGUAACGAACAGAGUUUAUCGAAAAUUCUCAAGAAUUUAAUCCCCGCUAAUUUACUACCUCAAAAGCAAGCGAUUUGCAAAGGCAAUUAUUUUGAGCUGAUGCGCUGGAAUGAUGAUUCUUUUGAUACGAUGGAUAUCUAUAGGUUACUGUUCGAGCACCAGGAUCAGAAUAAUUUACCUUCUUGCCCCACCAAUCAAGUAUCCGAGCAAGUGAGGUAUAGAAUUCUGCAGGAAGAGAAAUACUUCGGUAGCGAUAAAGAAAAAUCAGAUAUCGAGUGGUAUAUAGAUAUUUACGACGAACAACCAAUCCUCGAGCUGAUGGAAGCCUACCUGAGAGAACUGGCUAGAAAAUGGCCUCUAAUGUGGCCUGCUAAAUUAACAGAUAUGUUUUUAGAAAUGUGUCGCGUUCUUAAACAGCAUGGAAAAGAUAUAAAAAUUUUUCAACAAGUUCAUACGACUGAUUUCAACGAAGACUCGUUGAAGCAACUCAAAGAUAAUCUACAAGUCACCAUUUUAUUUGGCGAAUUGUUAUUCGAUCAGUGUUUCGGAGAUGCUAAUAAAGCACCGCCGUUAGAUGGAAGCAUCUUCGGUGGAAAUUUCUCCAGUCUUUUGAUCGGUGAAAUGAGGGAUGCGUGCAGUAUGCUGAAUGCAACGGAAACCGAUAUAAAGCUGUGGAUGAGAGCGUUGUGGUUGGAAGCUGUUCUGUUUUUGCAGAAGAAAAAUUCUUACGGAUCUUGCAGCGCACUUUCUAUGUUGGUUGAUGAGAUUCCGGAUACCAGUAUCGAAGUUCGAUUACCAAAUAUUAAGCAAUUUUAUGUUAUAAGUCAAAGCACCGCUAAGCGAUUGCUAAAUACCAUGGCCAGGAACGAAAAUCUAAACCAAGUUCAAUGGCUGUUUUCAAACAAAGACUACGAAGGAGUCGUCGAAAUUUUAGAAAAUACUCUUAAACCAGAUAGUCAACAAUUGAUUCAAAUACCAAAUGAGACGACUCUGUCACGAUACCAGCAAUAUACGAUUUUAUUAGCAGCUUUAUCGGAGUUGAAACGUUACGAGGAAUUGUUCAAAUGGUGCGAAAUCUGUUGCUACGAAUCGUUCGCCAUUCAUCGUAAAUCGUUUUUCGAUGAAAUCGAUUCGGAUAUGAAAGGUAAAUGGGCCUCUUUGGUGAUGAACACGCUGAAUGGAAUGAUGUGCUGUUUGAAAAACGUCGGACCAUCGAUUUUUAAAGUAUUGAGUACUGAACUUUUAACGAGGCUGGUCCAGACUUUGAGUAGUUUAGUUUGCCAUCAAAUCGAAGCUACGGAUCCUAUAUCCGAAAUAAUUGCCAGUGUCGUCGAUCCGUGGAUUUUAUUGUGCAAUAUCGUUCACUUUAACGAAAAAGAACAAGGAUUGGUCCCAGAAGAUGAUCUAAAUGCCGAAGUGGUCAUUUUACCUUCUGUAUCUUUACUUUUCAUAGCCCACGAGUAUUUGGGAAAACGCAGCUGGUGCUGUUUCGACGACGGCGCUUUAUUAUUUUACACCUUAGACGUGGUAGAAGACAUGUUCAAAAGAAGUAUACCGUUUACCGGCACUUGGCAAACACUCGGACAGCAGAUAGAUCAGAUUUUCUACUGCUUGUAUUCUCAUCCUUUGAAAAGGAACAAACAUCGAUACGUUCAAGAUCACAAUAGUCACGAUUUGGCGUUAACUUGGAAUCGAGCUGUUCAAGCGUACUCGUUUUAUCGUCCAGCUGAGCUACCGAUGUUCGACGCUAACUCCAAACAAUGCACCAUUUCUGCCGAUACUGAAACUCUACUUCAGAGAAUGGUGCCUUUAAUUCCUAAAGAACAAAACCCAAAUCAAUUUUUAGAAUUGGUUAAUCAGUUUACUAAUGGGCAAAUUAAUGAAAUUCCAACCAACGAGAAUCCUCUUCAACCCGAAGUCGUCGAUAUGUUUUAUUUACUAGGAGAUUAUUAUUUUAAAAAUAAGAUCAUGGGUAAAGCCAUCAAGUUUUAUUCUUUGGAUAUUUGUUUCAAUAGACACAGAUUCGAUUCAUGGGCUGCGAUGGCAUUGGCCAGAGGUAGCCAAUUGGAAACAAAACUGAAUUCGUGUGAAACGAUCAAAAACGAAAGCGAAAUCCUAAAGAAGGCCGAACUGACAGAUAAAUGUUUCAAAACAGCUUUAGAACUGGAUCCGAGCCAAGCUCCUCUAUGGAUCGAAUACGGAGUAUUCUGCUACAGCAUUCAUGCAUUUUGUUCCAGACUAUUGAAACAAGAAACCACCAAUUUAAGCUUACAAAUGUUCGAUACGGUGGAAAAAUCUAAAAACGGGUUUCUCAAAACCUCUUCGGAAUGUUUUAAUUCGGCUACUGAAGCUUGGUUAGAAUUAGUGAAAAAAGAAGAAUGUCAAGAUGAAAGAUGGCUGCAUCAUUAUAUGCUCGGUAAAAUAGCAGAGAAAAACGAAGAGAAACCUAGCGUUUAUUUGGAUCACUAUUUAAAAGCAAUGAAAUUUUUGGAACAAAAUGGAGCCGAAUAUCCGUCCAGAAUUUUGUAUUCGUCUCCUCAAUAUUAUUCGGUGGAAGUUUUAGAAAUUUAUUAUCGAACUCAUACGACGAUUCUGAAAUUACUCGAGUCGCACGAAGACAAGCCUUUGGACGAUUCGAUAACGCAGACUUUAAUCAGUGUUACCAAUCAGUUGGCUGAAAGUGCUUUCGCCAAAUCUGGCUCCAACAAUACUCCUGAAAAUCGUGAAACUGCAGCUGCCGAAAAUUCAUCAGCACCUAAACCUGCAGAAAAUGGCGGCAAGAUUGAUUCACCAGAGAAUGUUGAAUCAACUGUUCGUAAAGUUUUGGAAGAAGUAGUCGACCGAAUCGUUCGCGAAACCGAUUCUGGAUCUUCGAAGCGAAAAUGUUCCGACGACGUUAGCUCCCUCGAAGAUGGAUCAUCGCCCAAAAAACCAAAAAUAGAAGAAACAAAUUCGAGCGAAGAGGCGAAAAAAUCCGAUAGUAGUGAACCAAUGGAUACGAACGAGACGACGAAACCUCCCGCAGAGCCAAGCACUGUCACAGUGAACAUAUCUUCUGACGAUGAAUCUUCCAGUUCUAGUUCGAGUGAUGAAAGUUCCUCAGAUAGCGACGAAGAAAUGGCGUUGAUUAAAAAUUCCAAAAGCCCCGAGAAAAACCGAUCAGAAAAAUCAACCAACUGGAAACAAGUUCAAAAAACCCUCACUAGUAAAUGCCUAGCUGCGUUGAACGAAUGUAUUUGUCGGUUUCCCGAACACUACAAAUCGUAUUAUCGUUUAGCCAAUCAUUACUUCCGUUCUAAACACGACAAAGAUAUCGAAAAAGCUCGUAAAUAUUUAUUAAUCGACGGAGGUCUGUUCGCCGACCGAAAAACGUCAAAUUUCUUCAGCGGUAUAUGGAGAAUCCCAACUGCAGAAAUCGAUCGACCUGGUUCUUUUGCUUUUCACAUGAGUCGAUCCGUUCAUCUUUUAGUUGAUGUGCUGAGAGAUACUCAAGAUUAUAAAUUGUUGCUCAGUUUGUCCACUCAAUUGAAAGAUACGCCCGAAUUGGACAAAAAAUAUAUUCGUGAUAACGAACGCGAACAAAUAUGUAAAGAAGCAUUAUCUCUGAGUGCUCAAACGCUGAGAAAACAUAUAGACAACCUUUCCUCUUCCGACAGCGAAGAAAAUAGACGAAAGUUAUUACUCGAAGUUCACAAAUGUUAUCAACGGUUUCCUAAAAAAGAUGCACCGUUUGGUAAACUUUUGCUGUCGGCGUUUUACAAGUACACCAAUCGAAAGGAUAAAGUUAGCAUCGAACAAAUGCUGACAUUUUGCAAGAAUCUCAACGCCAUGCCUAAAGAUGGCACCGCACCUGUGGCUCCUCCAUUCCCAGUGCCAGCUCAUACUAAAGAUAGCAGUGGAACUGCCGUUGUUACUCCCAAACCAAACGAUAACCAAAGCAAAUUACAGGCUUUGAAUUUCGCGUUAAACGCCGAAGCAAAACUAUUCUCGAAUAUACCAUCUGCUCGCAAACCACCCAGUGAACCGAAACCCAGUCCUAGUUCGAAUUCGUCCAACGCCAUACCAAACAACCUGAAGAAUCUGCCACCGGCCAUAACAGUGACAACGGUGCCUAAAUCCAAACCACCAACACCGUCUUGGGAAGACUCGUUUUCCAUACUGCAAAAAAUGACCAAUAAUAAGUUCGCCGCGUUCAUGGCCCGUGCCAAAGCAUCGCCGUCAUCGUCGUCGUCGAAGGAAAAGAAAUUCAAACACGAUAUCAAACACAAACUCAACCCUUCGAAAUCGGUUCUGGACGAGAAAACAUGUCGAGCUUAUGUUAAAUCCAUAGCCAGCGGUCUAACUAAAGAGAAAACCAAACCGAAACCCAGUAUAGUGCAAGAUAAACCCAAACUGGUCGAAUUACCACAGGUGAGCUCCGAUAAAGGACUCACUAUUACUCCUGUGAUACCCAAAGACGCUAAAAACUUAUCUUCUACGUCUCAACUGAAUCCUAUCAUCGGCCAUCACGAUCUACCAGCGUUCAAAAAAUCAUCCGGUACCAGUAAAUCCGAUAUUAUCAACGUUACCGCCGACAGACCCAGUUUAAUCAUCACACCGGUAGAUUCGACUAAAAGCCAACCUACUUUGCAGCAGAAACUGGCUGCUAAAAAGAUGUCCCACGUGUCUACGCCGAAGUCAUCCAAUGCGUCGGUUUCUAAACACCCCAGUUCGAACAGUUCUAAAAGUAAGUCAGCCUUCGACAUUACUAAAAACCUGGGCGCCUCAGGUGUCAGUAUUUUUCCUCUGCCAAAGCCUUCAGCCAUCACGAACACAACCAAUUCCUCAAGUUCUUCGUCAUCAUCACUGAACCAUUCGAGUUCAUCGGGCUUCCAGAAAGCUCAUAAUUUACUCAUCUCCAAAGUGAGUGGUCAUUCGAUUAAGAAAUCUUCAUCACCGACCCCUUCGACGUCUUUUAGAGGAUCUCCGAAGGUAUUCGAAGGUGCCGAGUUAAUCGUGCGUAAAAGUAAACUGUACGCGAUGGAUUCGCAACCAAGUACGGCUAAAAGUUCGGAUGAAAUAUUCAAAAAUGCUUUAAGGGCUUUGGAAGAAAGUUCGAAUAUUAUUGUUACUCCUAAAGUAGCGAAGAAAAAUGAACUCGAAGUUAUUACUAUCGAAUAAUCAAGUAUAUACUAAAUUACUCUACUGUGAUUUACGUGUUAAUUUAUUUAGAUAAUUAUUCGGCCAUGAUCGUCGUGUUUGUAGUGUUGUUUAUUAUUGUACUUGUGUUUAUUUAUUUUUUUAAAUUUUAAUGUGAUCGCGAAUUUAGCUAUAUUGUAUUUCUCUUUCUCCAGUGUCAUUAAACGUUCCUAUUAUUCUUUUA